UAGAAGAUAUUGUAAGCGCCGUUUCAGAAAUCGCACCAGAAAGGCAGAGAGGGAGAAGAGGAAGAAGGGAAGAAUGGACGCGAACUCUCUUCUCUGCUCUUCAAAUUCGUCAAAACCCCAUUUCAUUUUCAACUUCAAUCACUCUUCCUCUUGUCAAUUUCUCACUCCUCUUCCUACCAAACUGUUAAUUAACUCAAAAUUGUUAUCCUCUCCUCGGACCUCUCUCCGCACCUCCGCCCUCACUGUGGAAAAGCCUCUGGACAAGCCUUCAGAGCCCAGAGAAAUGUUACCCAGGAUUGAUAAGAGUGGUAGGUUUUGCAGCCCAAGAGCCGCCAGGGAGCUCGCUCUACUAAUUGCUUAUGCGGCGUGUUUAGAAGGGUCUGAUCCAGUUCGGUUAUUCGAGAGGCGAAUGAAUGCCAGAAGAGAACCAGGAUAUGAAUUCGAUAAAGACUCACUGUUGGAAUACAAUCACAUGAGCUUUGGAGGACCUCCUGUCACGACGGAGACAGUAGAGGAAGCGGAUGAGCUUCUGCGUAAUAAUGAGAAGGAGUCUGCAAUUGAAGCAGAAGUUCUUUCAGCUCCUCCAAAGUUGGUUUAUGGCAAACUAAUUUUGCGUUUCACGAGGAAACUUUUGGUUGCAGUUGUGGAUAAGUGGAACAGUCAUGUGCUUGUUAUUGACAAAGUUGCCCCACCAAAUUGGAAGAAUGAGCCAGCAGGCAGGAUCUUGGAGCUCUGUAUUCUCCAUUUAGCAAUGUCUGAAAUAGCUGUACUUGGAACACGACACCAGAUUGUUAUUAAUGAAGCUGUUGAUCUUGCAAAACGGUUCUGUGAUGGGGCAGCACCCCGUAUCAUUAACGGCUGUCUCAGGACCUUUGUCAAGGACCUUGAAGGAACUGGAAUAACUCAAGCUUCAGAAACUACACAAGAAGUGGUCAGUUGAUUGAAAGCAUUUGGAAGCUCCUCUUUGCUAUUCCACUUUUAACUCCUGCAACCCGAGUGGAUGGAAGAACCUCAAUCUGAGCAACUGUUUAGUUUGAGAAAAUUUUCCUUGUAUUCCUUCUCUCAUGGUGGAACUCUGCUGAGUUGUAUGAUUUAUAUAUGAUUUCAUGAGACAGAAGAGAACCCUUCGGAGAUGGGUGAACUUCAGUACUUAAAAAUAGAACAGAAUAUUGUAUAUGAUGAUGAUGACAGAGUCUGAUAUGGAUAUUCAAUAUUGAGUUAUUCAUCGUCUCCUUUCCUCC